CUAAGAAAUCUCUUGUGGGCAACUUCUAAGCAUGAUGUAUACCUUAUGCAAAACUACUCAGUAAUGCACUGGUCUCCAUUGCUUCGGAGAGGCAAAGAAGUACUCAAUGUGGCUAAACAAAUUGUUCCCACCGUGAAACGCCCUGGAGUCUCAUCCCAGUCACUGUCUAGAGUUCAGAUAAGUGCAAUGUCAGUUAAGGAGAACUUGAUUGUGGCUGGUGGUUUCCAAGGGGAACUAAUUUGCAAGUAUUUGAAUCAUCCUGGAGUUGCAUUUUGCACCAAAAUGACAACGGAAGAAAAUGCCAUCACAAAUGCUGUUGAUAUAUUUCAUAAUCCCAAUGGUGCAAUGAGGAUCGUCACAGGAAAUAAUGAUGCAAAAGUUAGGAUUUACGAUGCCAAGACUUUUGCUUGCCUUAACGGCUUCACAUUUGGCUGGUCCGUAAAUAACACCUCUGUUAGUCCUGAUGGGAGGAUGCUUGCAGUCCUUGGGGAUACUACAGAGUGCCUGCUUGCAGAUGCCAACUCUGGCAAGGUGAUUGAGAGCCUCAAAGGGCACUUAGAUUACUCUUUUGCUUCUGCCUGGCACCCUGAUGGAAACAUUUUGGCCACUGGGAACCAAGACACCACCUGCAGGCUGUGGGACAUAAGGAAUACGUCCAAGUCCCUAGCUGUGCUCAAGGGAAGAAUGGGAGCAAUCAGAUGCGUCAAAUUCAGUUUGGAUGGUAAAUUCCUGUCGAUGGCUGAGCCUGCAGAUUUCGUCCAUAUCUAUGAAAGUCGCACAGGUUAUGAACAAGCACAAGAAAUCGAUAUGUUUGGGGAAAUUGCUGGAAUAUCCUUUAGUCCCGACACUGAAGCUCUGUUCGUUGGCGUUGCCGAUCGAACCUAUGGUAGUGUAUUGGAGUUUAACAAACGACACCAUAAUAAGUACAUAGAUUCCAUCUUCUAGACGAUCAGUCGUUAAGAGGCCAGCCCCAUCUUUCAAUGAAGCAAAGAAGAUGCAGAUGGAAUUGUAUACAAGAAUAUGUAUAAUUUUCCUAUUAUGUGUUCUUAAAAGUUCAAUCUAGCGGCAGAUUGACCCGUAUAAAUACAGAGUAAAGGGCACCAUUGUCAUUCUCUGGA